AUGUCGACAAGUCAUCCAGAGAUUCCACAGUCAGCCUACGACGAGGGGCUGUUUAUCCAGCCCAUCGCACCAAUCGGCGGCAGUCUUGUAGGAUCGUUCUUUGUAGGCGUCAUUCCCCUUAUCGUCGUCUUGAUCAUGCUGGGUGCGUUCCGUCUGCCAGCCCAUGCUUCCUCAUUAACAGGCUUGAUUGUCAGCAUAUUCAUAGCCAUAUUUGGGUGGGAUAUGCCAGCGCAGCAAGCAUUUCAGUCGAUUGGAAACGGUAUCGUCUUUGCUAAUUGGCCAAUUAUGUGGAUCGUUGUGCGUAGAUUGUUCGUCUACAACAUGGCUGUGAGGUCAGGCGUAUUUGAUAUUUUCCGACGAUGGAUCGUCACGAACACGCCACCGGAUAUGCGUGUCUUGCUUCUUGUUAUCGGAUAUGCUUUUGGUGCCUUACUGGAAGGUGUGGCUGGAUUUGGUACUCCAGGAGCAAUUUGCUCUGCCUUGAUGGUAUCACUUGGUUUCGAUAAAGUCAAAGCCCUGACAUACACGCUUAUCUUCGAUACCACGCCUGUUGCUUUUGGUGCUUUGGGUAUUCCUGUCAUCACUUUGGCCAAUCUGACUGGUCUCCCCGUCAUGAGCUUGUCUGCCAUGAUGGGUCGUCAACUUCCCUUCGUCAGUGUAUUUUUGCCAAUUUAUGCAUUGACUUUCUUCGCCGGUUUCCGAGCCGGCUUUAUCGAGUGCUGGCCGCCAGCAUUGGUCGCUGGCGUUUCAUUUGCUUUGAUCCAGGCCAUUUUCGCCAACUGGGUUGGUCCAGAAUUGCCCGACUUGAUUGCCGGCCUGGCAUCGCUGUUAAGUCUGAUCGUCUUCUUGCGAUACUGGAAACCGCCUUACCGCGAAGAGUUCGCCUGUGUAUAUGCUCCCACAAAGCAGCAUAACGAUGAAGAAUCAGCAGGUGCUGUUGCACCCACCGAUGAUAACUUGAACAACGGAAAACAUCAAGUUGCGUCCGCUGGUAGUACGCAAGAUCACUCAAAUGAAAAGGUAGAAAUCGCUAAACCUACUCUGUAUGAAUCGAUUUUGGCAUGGAGCCCAUGGGUGUGCAUCGUUGUGGUGGUGAUUAUCUGGUCCUUUGUCCAUGUCCCUUCGUAUGGCGCUAUCAAGGUGGAAUGGCCCCAGCUUCACGAACGUGUAUGGUUAACGCUGUAUGGUAGAAAAUACGCUGCAAUUUGGAACUUUGAACCGCUUGCUACUGGCACUGCUAUCCUUAUUUCCAACAUUCCGUUCACCUGCCUUGUUCUGUACAACGGCUCAAGCCCUAAAAUCAUUCCACGUGCAUUGCGGGAUACUUUUUUGCAGCUAUGGAUCCCUAUCCUCACUGUCUCAUUCAUUAUGGCACUCGCGUACCUUUUCAACUUUAGCGGUAUCGCGUAUACCAUAGGCAUGACGCUUUCUUCCGUUGGCAAUGCAUUCCCAUUCUUGUCUGCAUGGCUUGGUUGGGUCGCCUGUUUCUUGUCCGGUAGUGACACAUCCGCCAACUCGCUGUUUGGUAACUUGCAAGUUGUUGCUGCCCAACAGAUCGGAUUGUCAGCUGUGUUGAUGGCUUCUACUAACUCGAGUGGUGCUGUCACUGCAAAGAUGAUUUCGCCCCAGACAUUAUCCACUGGUGUGUCAACCAUUGGUAUGCAAGGUCGUGAGGGCUAUGUAUUCCGUCGGACAGUUCUACACUCAAUUUUCAUGUGUUCCAUCAUGGGUAUGAUCGCGUGUAUCCAGCAAUUCGCCACCCCGGGUAUAAUUCCUGCCGGAGACGAAGUGUUGGCCACAGGCGGUGCAUAA